ACCAUGGACCUUAUCUACUUACUCGACAUCAUCUUCCACUUUCGAACAGGCUACUUGGAGGAUGGAGUCCUGCAAACGGAUGCAAUCAAACUUCGUCAACAUUACAUGAACUCAACCACAUUCUACAUCGACUGUUUGUGUCUACUCCCAUUGGACUUUCUCUACCUCUCCUUGGGCUUCAAAUCCAUCCUGAGGAUAUUCCGUCUUGUCAAGGUCUACCAGUUCUGGGCGUUCAUGGACCGCUCCGAGCGGCAUACCAACUAUCCGAAUUUGCUUCGCUUUCUGUCGCUCAUCCAUUAUCUCAUCCUCGCCUUCCAUUGGAAUGCCUGUCUGUUCCACUUACUCCACUAUCGGGAUGGUUUUGGAACCAUUGAGAGUGAGUCGCCCUUCGCCGAACUUCGAUAUCCCGCGGAGGGCGACAGUUUCAUGACGUACCUCAUGAGUUUAUAUUGGACGAUUCUGGCCAUGACCACCAUUGGGGAUCUCCCCACGCCCAGCAAGAAGUCCGAGUAUGUGUUUGUGAUAUUUGAACUACUCGUGGGACUCAUUGCCUUCGCCACAGUGCUGGGAUACAUCGCCAAUAUUGUGACAAAUGUCUCGGCCGCUCGUAAAGAGUUUCAAGCCAAGCUGGAUGGAGUCAAGACAUAUAUGAGAUUGCGAAGAGUUCCCACGGGGAUCCAAAACAAAGUAAUCAAAUGGUUUGAUUAUCUCUGGCUCACCCAAAAGUCUUCCGACGAAGAAAGGGCAAUUAACUGUCUUCCAGAUAAACUCAAAGGGGAGAUAGCCAUACAUGUUCACUUGGAUACUUUGAAAAGAGUGGAGAUCUUUCAGAACACAGAAGCCGGCUUUCUGUGUGAGUUGGUCUUGAGGCUCCGUCCGGUUCUAUUCUCUCCCGGGGAUUAUAUUUGCCGAAAAGGGGAGGUGGGAAAAGAGAUGUACAUUUGUGCUCGGGGCCGAUUGGAGGUGGUGGCUGACGAGGGCAAGACCAUUCUAGCCACACUCAAGGCUGGCUCGUAUUUUGGCGAAAUAUCCAUCCUCAACAUGGGGACGGCAGGAAAUCGAAGGACCGCCAGUGUUCGAUCCGUGGGUUAUUCAGACUUGUUCGUCCUGAGCAAGAAAGACAUGUGGGAUGUGCUCAAAGAUUAUCCUGCCGCCAGGGUGCGCCUCGAAGCUAUCGCCGUGAAACGUUUGGAAAAAUACAAGAAAGCCCCUUUAGAAAAAGCGGCUUUACCCCGAAGUGAAUCCACGCCUGGAUUGGUGGAAAGCUCGGGAAUUGUCCCACUCGAGGACAUGUGGGUUUCCCCAUUGCCUUUGUACUCGCCUAGGGAUUCGCCAGACUCAAUGUCCAAAGGGUGCACCGCCUACCGCCCAAGCACCGAUUCGCCUCUCUCUGAAAUGUCCUCAACCCGAAGUCAGAGCACUGUAGGGGGUGGCACCCGAUAUCAUUUGCACCAAAGCGAUAUGACCAACCACCAUGGCCAAAACAAGCAUCACCACAGACCCAGAAGUAGGCGAUCUUCAAUUGCCGGUGCCGGUGCUGGUCCCCUGUCUCAAAAUCUUCCCCCACCUCCAAUUACCCAAGUGAUUGCUCCCACGCCCACGCUUCAAGACUACCCAACCUCGCAUUCGUCCCACGUCACGGUGGAUAUGGGACCAGGUUGUUGUUCCCCUGCGGUUCCCGGUCCCGGUCCUCCCCCUGUGUCAACGUCGUCCUCUGCGUGUGCCUUUGGUUCCAAUUCGUUCCCCGCUGGAGUGGAUGGAGGGAAUCACAUGAUGUGCCGUAGACAGAAUCAAUCACAAGUACCUUACAACGGUGGAAGUAUUUCUAGCUCUGGCAGCCAGAUCUUGUCAUCAUUGACUGAUCAGAACCAAUUUCCGGUGGUGGCUGUUCGAAGGCCAUCGCAUGAUGGCCAAGUACUCCAUUACCCGGCUCACGUUGGUCCAGUAUCAAACCAUCCCACCUAUCAAGUACCACCCACGAUCCACUUGUCUCAUCAUUCUCAUCACCCGCAUCAUCAUCAUCACCAUCCAGCACCAGUUCCACCUCCACAGAAAUCGGAGGUGGGGAAAUCUCAAGCACCCAAGGAGGAACUUCUAUUGGAGAUUCGUCGACUGAGGGAAAGGAUCAAGGUCCUUGAGGGUGAUAAUGCUAAUAUGCAUAUGAGUUUGUCCAAAACCCAGAAGGACGUGGAUCAAAGGCUUGCCGAAAUAGAGAUGCAAAUCGGGGAAGAAGACAUCUCAAGUGGAAGUGUCAGCUGCAGUUUGAACAGUGGUGAAGAGGAGGAGAAGAACCGUGAAUCCUUCAUUUAGACCUAGACAAUCGAAAAGCGCGAGCAGCAGAGAGAGGGAGAGAACGGUCCCUUUCAUCUUUAUCUCCCAAUCACACUCCCAAUUGGGUUGACAUGUGUUUUUUUACAUCCUUCUCCUUUCUUCGCAAUUUGUCUUCACCCUAUAUCACCCAAAAGGCCACCCAAAAAGUGGCACAAAUCCGACACGCGAGGAGGAAAAACAGACUAACUUUUAGACGUGUCCAGGACAGGGACAGGUUUAAUUGCAAAGGAAAACGGUCUUCUUUGCCCCGACCUCCUUUGUGCUCUGGCGAAAUACGUCUGUUGGUCGGAACAAACCAUUUCCCUGUCAACAGGAAGCCAAUGACAUAUUCAGUGACCACCGACCACCAAUUGUCGUUAUCCCUCCUCUGGGGUCUAGCAAGGACAAAUGGACAGAAAGCCUGAAACACGUGGAAUACACGGCCCAAACUCACUGCGACAAAACUGCCGUUCAAAGGCAAGGCCCUGAAGUGACUGGACCACCCCAAGUUUUCCCGAAUUCCCCUUGGCGCCCAAGGCAAGGGUGCUCGUCGAGGAUGAAGUGUAGUACACUGGGGACGCCAUGAAAACGUCUCCUUUGCCGAGUGAUGUGUCAAGUUUUAUUGAAAUAUUGCUGCGGAAACCGGCGCCAAAUUGGACAGCUUCCAGGGUGGCGGAAAGCAGAGCCUGGCUUAAUGGCUGAAAUCCGUUUUGCAAGUGUAGAUGUUACGUACUAGUGCAGCUACGUAAUCCCACUCCACCACCAACACCUCCAUUCCUUCUGCCGUUGCAAAAAAGUGUUGCAUCUGUGCCAGAUGACAGGGAAUAAGUGCCAAAAGAAACCUACCUAGAGGACAACUACAAUUGAGACUUCCAAGGCACAAAACAGGCGUCCUUACUGAAACUUGGUUGUCCUAGAUUAUUGCCAUCAUGAUAAUAUUGAACAUUCUUCUUUGAAAACUAUUUUAGAGUAUCCUAUAUAUCAUUCAUCUGAGUUCUAGCCAAUGUCAAGUACUACCAUACGACAGUGUGUACAGUUUAUUAUAACACGUCUCUUAUCAAAUCGCUCUCAAAUUGUGUGAAAAUGCGUUUAGAAAUACGACGAUUCCUUUCGAGCCUUGGAAAUAUACAGCAUCAGUAUUAUUA